AUGACCUCCGCCAAAUCCACCCUCGACCAAAUCCUCCACCGCUACACCACCCACCCCGACUCGCCUUCCACCAAAGACAAACUUCUCGGCGCCGCCUUCGUCGUCGUCGACAAAUCCGGCCCCAUCUACUCUGGCGCAGCCGGCCACACCUCCCUCCCCAUCACUUCCUCCUCCCCAGCCUUCUCAACCGACUCCUUCCUCUGGGUCGCCUCCCUCACCAAACUCCUCACAACCAUCUGCCUAAUGCAACUCGUCCAGCAAGGCAAGCUUAGCCUAGACGAGGAUAUCCGUGAAAAGUUGCCGGAGUUGACCAAGGCCGGAAUCCUCCGAGGUUUUGACGACGACUCAAAGUCCGGAGAGGGAGAGGGAAAGGGAGAGGGGAAAGCGAUACUGGAAGAGAUCACCAAGCCGAUUACUCCAAGACAGUUGCUCACGCACUCCGUCGGCCUAUCCUACGAUCUCGGCCACCCCCUUUUGGAGAGAUGGGCCAAAGAAGUCGGCAAAAAGGGCGACACGAAUUCCAUGACUGUGGAAGGGUGGACUACUCCCCUUUUGUUUGCGCCGGGUGAAGGGUGGGUAUAUGGAACGGCGUUGGAUUGGGCGGGGGUUUUGUUGGAGCGGGUUUUGGGCGGCGCCUCGGGUGGUGAGAACACGACGACGCUGGGACAGUACAUGCGCAAGAACGUCUUCGAGCCGCUGGGCAUGGAAACCUCGACACUGAAGCCGGCUGCUGAACCCCUAGAAAAACUGGAAAAGAGGAUGAAAGACAAGCUGGUCCCCGUGGCGCUGAGGGAUGCCGAGACGGGCGAGCUGUCGCAGGGAGAAUUGCCGAUCUCAACGGCGUGGGAUCCCAAGGCGGAGAGCGGGGGUGCGGGGUUGUGGACUACGGCGGAGGAUUAUGGGAAGGCUUUGGCGGCGGUUUUGAGGGCUGCUGACGCUGAUGAGGGGGAGGGGGCGCUGGGGCUCAAGAAGGAGACGCUUGAUCAGAUGUUUAGUCCGCAGUUGAAUGAGAAGGGGCUGGAGAUGAUCAAGGAGAUGGGGAGGGCGUUUCAUGCGGGUGUCAUGCCUGAGUUUCCGGAAGGGUUCGAGGCGGUCGAUCAUGGCUUGGGCGGGCUUCUGAAUUUGGAGGAUGUGGAGGGUAAGAGGAGGAAGGGGAGUAUGAUGUGGCAUGGAUACUGCAAUUCGCAUUGGUGGAUUGACCGUGAAACUGGCAUUGGUGCGUGCCUCUUGGCUGAACAGUUUCCCUUUGCCGACCCGGUGGUCAUUCAGCUGUACAACGAUCUCGAGCGGGCGGUUUAUGGGGAGCUGGUCCCCGAGUGGAAGGCGAAGGCUGCUUGA